AGGCAGGGUGGUUGACGGUUACUACCCGCUCGUUGUAGUAAUAGUAUAUAGCUGUAAGUGUAGACGUCGAAUACAGCGUUGUGGCCACUGGUGGACUCCUGAAUGUGGAAGAGAGAUAUCCCAACCAUAAUAGUGUGGGAUAUUUAUAUAUCGCUGACGCGAACACGCCUGACCUGUGACCUAGAUUGGCAAAGCGAGAGAUAUGCGACUAUGGCUAUGCGACUUACUUCUCAGUUCACACGGCGCAGACGACACAACGCACUGUCUGUCGUAUUAGCUAACAGCUAUGCAUAUCGCCAAAAAGAGAUCAUUCACUCUACGAGUGAUAUAGGCGUGUGUCCAACUUGCUGUAGACUUGAUCUUUAUCACUGAUGUCAGCGACACCACGUUGAUAGAGGUCAGUGUACUAACACAACACGAGACUACAAUCAUGUGGUGUUGACAGUCACCUGUUUCUAUGAUACAGACAAACAUGGAGUCUACACCGCUACUAGAAAGAAAGGACGAAGGUGACAAGUCGAAGCUGGGAAAUCUACUCAAGGCCAACGUUGUGUUUCUGGUGUUCCAUUUGGCUGUCAAUAUCCGUAAUCCGCUGGUGACACAAUAUGUUUACCAGAGGUACUACGAUGAGGAGUUCGACAACAGCACCAACACCCUCAAUCAAACAUCUAAGUGUUACGUCAAUGAGUCGGAUCCAGGAUACCUGUUACAGGAAAGGGUUCAGGAAAAGACAUCGGACUUUCAAACAAUACUGACAGCCAUCGGAAGUUCCUUAGCUGUAAUUAGCUGUAUGUUCUUGGGGGCCUAUUCUGAUUAUCUUGGUCGACGAUUCCUCUUUAUAGUACCUUUAAUUGGAGAGAGCAUCAGGUAUGCAUCUGUAACAAUUGUUAUUUACUGGAAUCUAGAUCUGAGAUACAUGUACAUUGGUGAGGUGUUUGAAGGAAUUACAGGGGGAUACAAUGGUGUGAUUCUGGCUAGCUAUGCCUACACGGCUGACAACACACCACCUAAGAAUUCCAGGACAAUUGGCAUCGCUGUGAUAGAUUUCACAACCUAUCUGGCAGCCGCAGCUUCUUCAGCCAGUACUGGAUACUUCAUCAAAGACACAGGAUUCCUCUAUCCCUCAGUGACUACUUUAUCAAUCAUGCUUCUCUCUGUGCUCUUUGUCAUUUUUCUUCUCCCAGAAACUAUCAACACAGAUAGAAGAUCCCAAUAUCCAUCUCCGGUGAAGGCGGUGAAAAAUGUCUUUGGAUUCUACUUUUCAAAAGAUUUUGGACCAAAGAGAGGUCUUUUCUGGCUUAUACUUGCAUCAUACUUUUUAUCAAUGUUUUGCGGGGCAGGAGUGUCCACUGUUCAAUAUCUUUUUCAACUAAACCUGCCUUUCUGUUGGGGACCAGAGCUCAUCGGGUAUUUCAAUAUGGCGAUGUGCCUUGGAAUGCAAUUGCUGGGGAUUCCAGUCAUCAAACUUCUCCAUCUGUGCACCUCAGACCCAGUAAUAGGUAUCAUAACAGCUUUCAUACAAGCAGGAGCCUAUGUCCUUAUCGGCCUGGCCAGCACGGAUUUUAUGCUUUUCUCAUUUGUGGUGCCCAAUGGUGUUGCUUCCCCGUUCCCACCGACAGUGAGAGCUAUCAUGUCGAGGAUGGCUCCUCCUGAAAUGCAGGGUUCUCUGUUUGCCGGUAUUGGACUUGUGAACAUCAUCUCUGGGACCGUAGGGAUUACAGCUUUCAACGAGAUCUAUAAUGCCACUGUGGAGAUGCUUCGUGGCUUCGCCUUUUUUCGCCUGUGCGGGAUUCGAGUUCUUGUCAGGAGUGAUAGUAUUGGUGUUCCUGUGUGUAUCUCACCGCGUGGAUGACACUGAUGCCUCCACUGUCGUUGUCAUCAACGAAGAAGACAGGAAACCGCAGCAACACCUCCCACGAGAAACCCAUCCCGAACCGACAACGCUUCUUGGUGAACGCUUAUGAUUGUUGGCGACCUAGAACAAGUCUUUGUCAAAUCGCCAUAGUUGUUGUAACAUGCAUUAAAAUUUAAAUAAAUUAUUUUGAAUAUUAACACA